UUUAUUGUACAUAGUUGUGUAUUAUGCCCUCUGGACCUACUCCAGGUUACCGCGUGUCAUUACCUGUCAUCAUUGGAACAAUUCCCCUUCAUUCUUCUGUUAAGCAGUACCAAACAAAUUAUGGAGUCACGGCCACGGAACUUACUACAUUGCCUCAGUCUGGAUCUGGAGCUACGCCUAUGAGUUUGCCAUCGCCAAGAUACAGUGAAUAUGUAUUUGGCAAAACUAGCAUCCGAGAAAAGGAGGACUCUAAGCACACGAUGGGUGAACUGGACUACGCACCGAUGUAUACGUACUAUAAUAUGUCCAACAAACCGGUGGCAGAUCAAGGGAAAUAAUAAGGAUAAAAAUGUAUUAUCGACCGCAGGAGCAGC